UGGCGCGCGCUCGCUUCUUUCCCGCUCUCAAGCACUGAGGAAAAACUGUUUAUAGUUUUUAUUCUCCAAAUUCACAAUGUUUCCUAUCAGAAUUUCUGAUUUUAUCUGAAUAAUGAGAAUAGAUAGUUUAGCGCCUAAUCUUCUUGCGUCAAAUACUGAACGAAGGAAAAUAAAAUGAAGUGUAUCAUUGAAGGCAAUGGCAUUAAAGUCUUUGGAAAAGCAGUUCAUGCUCUGUCAAGAAUUGGUGAAGAAAUAUGGUUGGAUCCACUGGAGGAAGGAUUGGCUGUAAGGACAGUAAACUCGUCUCAAUCGGCCUAUGCCUGUUUCUUCUUCACUCCUCUGUUCUUCCAGCAGUAUAUUCCAGAUCCAGACACACAGAAAGACUGUGAAGCAGUAAAAUGCAAACUAAACACGAAGUGCGUUCUUCCCCUGUUUCGCUGUGUUUCGUGGAGAGAGCGAAGUGUGGACAGAUGUGAGAUAACCAUCAAAAUCCCAGACAGCAGGGUGAUAUUUCAGUUUCACUGCAGACACGGAAUAACUAAGACCCAUAAUUUGGGGUAUCAGGAAUGUGAAGCUUUGCAGGCCGUGUUCCCAGCUCACCUCUGUCCAAAUGUCCUGAAGGCCCACUCCAAACUUUUAGGCGACAUUGUGGUGCAUUUCCCGAUUUCACAAGAAGAGGUCACUCUUUCCAUAUCCUCUCUUAAAGUAGCAUUGAAGACCUUUUAUGAGGAAGAAAAUAGUUGUAUUAAAGGCAUGAACACAGAGCUGAUGCUGCACCCAGACGAGUUUGACUAUUUUCAGGUUGGAGAGGAUUCAGCCGUGACCUUCUGCCUAAAAGAACUGAGGGGGCUGCUGUCCUUUGCUGAGUCUUAUGGUCUACCAGUAUCUUGCUACUUUGGUGUAGCUGGACAGCCUGUAUCCUUCACUGUAAAAGACAUGACGCUGGAGGCCCAUGUUGUGUUGUCCACUUUAACGGAUCCAGACCAUGAAAGCCCAUCUCAGUCUGCACCUGGGGAUGACUGUUCUGUCACCAUCCCCAAGACCUCCACAGCCGAAAUCUCCACAAGUGAAGGCCCCAUGGAGGCUGAGGUGUGCAUUGCUGAUGGGGAAUGUGUGGCUUCCAGCCAGGGAAGUGAAGUGUUCCAUCCAGCCCUUCAUAUGAGGAAGAUGAUUCAGCUUCAUGCACCUGGAGAGAUCCUGCCAAGACCCAGUUUGGCACCUGAAUCGGCUUUGACUACACCAAUAACACCAGCCACAUUUAAGAUCCGCUCCCUGCUCUUCGGCGCUGUACUCAGUGAUGGAGGGGACGGUAACACUGCAGAUUUGCCCAGCCUGGUUUGUGGCAGUGACACAGAGGAGGACGGAGGAUCAGAGGAGGGACACAGGUAACACCGUAAGAUAAUCUGAAGAAGGUAACACUGCUGCGAGAAUGCACGGACGUUACUGGAUGAUAUAGCCUACAUAAACUCAGUAGAUUUUAAAGACAAAACUGCAUAUUUUCUGCAUCUUUUACAAAGAGUUUGGAUUGUUUUAAAGGUUAACAUAUAUAUUAAAUUGGAAGGGUUUCCUUAAAUACAGCCGUCAAGGCCAUUACUAGUCUUUUAAUCCUUGUUAGUGCACAUCUUGUAUUAUUUUAUUAAUGUAAAAAAUAUGUAAGCUAGUUUUUGGUUUUGUUUCUGUUCUUGCAUGAACAACUUUGUAAUGUAUAAUACAUAUUUUGUGUGUUCAAACUGUUCAAACUAUAUGACAACAGUAAAGUUUAAAAGAAUCAGAGAGGC